UCACAUUGGCACUGCUACACUCAUCACCUGUUCCUCGUUUUCUUAUUACUUCGACAUCCGAACUCAUCCGAGAUUCCAAUUUCAUAUAUCAAUGGCUCCAGUUGCAGCACCAUCUUCAGACUCUAUAAAACCUAGAGAUGUUUGCAUUGUUGGUGUUGCACGUACACCUAUGGGUGGGUUUCUAGGUACUCUGUCAUCUCUACCUGCCACCAAGCUAGGCUCUAUAGCCAUUGAAGCUGCUCUUAAAAGGGCCAAUGUUGAUCCUUCACUUGUGGAAGAAGUAUAUUUUGGGAAUGUUCUUAGUGCUAAUUUGGGGCAAGCUCCUGCAAGACAAGCUGCUCUUGGAGCAGGAAUACCCAAUUCAGUUGUCUGCACCACUGUUAACAAAGUUUGUGCAUCAGGAAUGAAAGCUACAAUGCUUGCUGCACAGAGUAUUCAAUUAGGUAUAAAUGACGUUGUUGUGGCUGGUGGUAUGGAAAGCAUGUCUAAUGUACCUAAGUACCUGGCUGAAGCAAGGAAAGGAUCCCGCCUUGGACAUGAUUCACUUGUUGAUGGGAUGUUGAAAGAUGGUUUGUGGGAUGUCUAUAAGGACGUUGGCAUGGGUGUGUGUGCUGAGCUGUGUGCAGAUAACCAUGCAUUAACAAGAGAAGACCAGGAUAACUAUGCGAUCCGGAGUUUUGAACAUGGAAUUGCUGCCCAAGAAAGUGGUGCUUUUUCAUGGGAAAUUGUUCCCGUUGAAGUCUCUGGUGGAAGGGGAAAACCAUCAACAGUUGUUGAUAAGGAUGAAGGCCUAGGAAAGUUUGAUGCUGCCAAGUUACGCAAACUCCAGCCAAGUUUCAAGGAAAGUGGAGGGUCUGUUACUGCUGGCAAUGCUUCCAGCAUAAGUGAUGGCAGUGCUGCAUUAGUUUUGGUGAGUGGAGAGAAGGCUCUAAAACUUGGUCUUCAAGUUAUUGCAAAAAUUACUGGAUAUGCUGAUGCUGCUCAGGAACCAGAGCUAUUUACAACAGCUCCAGCCCUUGCCAUUCCCAAAGCUAUUACCAAGGCAGGGUUGGAGGCUUCACAAAUUGAUUUUUAUGAAAUUAAUGAAGCCUUCGCGGUUGUGGCUCUUGCAAAUCAGAAACUUCUUGGCCUUGAUUCGGAAAAAGUAAAUGUACAUGGUGGAGCUGUAUCAUUGGGUCAUCCUCUUGGUUGCAGUGGUGCUCGUAUUCUGGUGACACUUUUGGGGGUACUGAAGCAGAAGAACGGAAAAUAUGGAGUUGGUGGCGUUUGCAAUGGAGGAGGUGGUGCAUCAGCCCUUGUUGUGGAGCUUCUGUAAGCGGUUUUCAAGUUCGGUAGAUGUCCUUUAAGAGCCAGCGAUCUGUGCAAACCUCAAAAGACUAUGCCUCCUUCCUUAGCUAGUGUACAUGCUAGUUUCAAUUUUAUUUCAAGGACAAAACGGAAAGAGUGGGGCGAAAUUGGCAACAUAAUUAUUAGAAUUAAGUCUAGAUCUUGUUAAAUUGAACUUCAGAAUUAAAUUUUUAAGUACCAGAUCUUGUGAAAGUGAACUUUUCGAAGCAUUAAAGUAGAACAUGGAGCAAUAUUAUUUAGAUUUGUUUUCUUUGCAAUAAGUUACUUGCUUUCAAUGCUUUGAGAUGAAUUAUUAUUAUUCAAUCCUCUUAUUUGAAGCACAAGAUUACACAGAUUCUUGUGCUUUGUAAAAUGUGUUCAGAUAUUAAAUGACCGGAAGAUAGAAUGGAAGCAAGUUGUGAUUGGUCUUGUUUAUGCAAAUUGAUUAUUGUUUUGGUC